AAAACUUUUCUUAGAUAAGAACAUGUACAUUUCUAUACUUUUAUAUUUAAUUUGAGGAAGAAAUGGAGCGAUUGACUCCACUUUGAAAUUGUUACAAAAUCAAAUAAAAAUACCCUUUAUAUAUAUAUAUGUAUAUUUUAUAGAAACAAUAAAUAUAUUAGCAUACCAAUAAUAAGAGUGGAAGAGGUGCUACUAUUUUUCGCAGACGUUUUGUUUAAUGGCAUUUCGGAAAUUUAUAAAAUCUGUACUGCUAGGGAUUCCCAUAGGUAUAACGUUUCUGGAUUGUGUUGGCUAUGUCGCUCGAGUGGACGGAAUAUCCAUGCAACCAGCUCUUAACCCAGAUGCCAGUCAAACAGAUUACGUUUUCUUAUCCCGCUGGGCUGUUCGCACAUGCAACGUGGAACGCGGCGAUAUUGUUUCACUUGUUUCUCCAAAAGACCCCACACAAAAGAUAAUAAAACGUAUAGUUGGACUGCAGGGUGACGUCGUUUCUACUCUAGGUUACAAACAUGAAAUAGUGCGCAUCCCAGAAGGUCAUUGUUGGGUUGAAGGAGACCACACUGGCCAUUCGUUAGACAGUAAUACUUUUGGGCCGGUAGCGCAAGGCUUAAUGACAGCGCGAGCGACAUACAUAGUAUGGCCUCCAGAUCGCUGGCGUCGACUACAAACUGAAUUACCUCGACGUCGUAGGCCUAUACAAAUAGCCAAGUCAACAAGUUACUACAGUCAGUAGUAAUAUUAGCUGGAGUUAAGGGAUCCAAGAUGAUUUCGCAUCCAACGUUAUACCAGCUUUAUUUAAGGGCCCUGAAAGUGUUAUAUGUAUGUAAAAUUAAACGACUACAGUUUUAAUGUUACAAAUUUGAAAAAAAAAAAAUUAACUUUGUGCUUAUGUUUGUAAAACAAUUAAAAAUUUCGAGUUAAUUUGAGGUUUUAUAAUUAGUAAUAUGUACAAUUAUUAUUAAAAAAAAAUUUAAAGCCUUGCCAAUUUUCCAACUUUGUAUUUUUACAAUAUAUUUUAUUUAACGUUA